AAGUGCUAUUUCACGCCAUCGCAUUAACAAGGAUACUUUAUAUUGACGUAUCUAUCUAUACUGGUAUGACCGCGUAAGCUACAUCAUCACUCCGCGAGGAAAACAGCCCGCGGAUCUAUAUCAAAUCAACGCGAAUAUAUUUCUAGAAACGCAGUGACUGUGACCGCCAACGGAUACCUAUUACACUAUCUGUAUGCAACCUAAAACAUCGAUGCAGAGUACUGCCGCUGCUGUUGAGCAGAUUUAACGGAUAUCAGUUAGAGUGGUAAUCAGUGUAUGACUUCGUGCGUUUGGUCGGCAAACGUUGUAUGGAACUGCGCCACGGUCGCGACUGUGCUGGUGAGUUGUAACGACGGUGCUUAGACUAUUGACGCGUUGAGGAUACGGAACAAUAUCGACGGACGACGAAUGGCCGACGGUGACAGACGCCUUGCACGGUGGUGAUCUCUCUGACGCUGUCAUGCGGAGUCGAGAGUGAGUGCUGCUGCUGUUGCUGCUCUGAUGCGCUAGUGGGGGCGAGUAGGAGUCCUUCCUUUUUCGCCCACGGCCGCUAUGGCCUCCCCUCCGUUACCUGCCAACCUCACCCUGGCCGGCGUCGUGUCGGCCAUCAUCGUCCUGUUCCCACUAAUAGCGUCGCCAACGGUCGGACGCUACGUGAGCGCCGAUGACUGCGACUGGCAAACGUUAUCGCCAGGCGCGCCUGAAGUGGCCAUGCGCUGUCGUUUCCAGUCGCUUCGUGCGGGUCCUGACGCCACGAACUUUUCCCUCAUUCAGCCAGACACCACGCGCGCAAUGAGCGUCGUCUGUGACGCUCUCUUCACCGAGAGCCAGCUAGCGAAUGGUACAUUCGAAACGCUUCGACAGUUGCGUAGCCUCAGCAUCGAGCGGUGUAAACUAGAAGAACUGCCAUCGCACGCAUUUUCAGGGCUCACCGAGCUUAGCAAUUUGACAGUACGUACGCACAACGGCGAGUGGGGUGCCAUCUCGUUGUCCAUUGCUCCAGGCGCUUUAAACCACCUGAAAACAUUGGAACGCCUUGAUAUGGCGCAUAAUAAUAUGGUUGCUCUUCCGCGGGCACCGUUUUGCCAGCUGGAAUCGCUUCAAUCGCUAAAUCUGACGCACAACUCACUUACGGAUCUAAACAAUGUGGGCCUGAGCAGCGACGACUGCCAAUUGAACGGCUUACUUGAGUUAGACCUAUCGUCGAACAAGCUUCGGUACGUCGAUGAUCGCGCCUUUGAGAACUUGUCCAACUUGAAGAAGCUCUACCUACAACGCAACGAACUCGCCCAAAUGGUUGAGACAGCUCUGUCAGGUUUAUCGCGUCUUCAGCUUCUGGAUAUGUCGAACAAUCGGCUGAAUACGUUACCACCGAAAGUGUUGCAGGGUUCCGCUGACCUCAAGGAACUUUAUCUGCAGAACAAUAGUAUUGGAUUGCUAUCACCGACAACAUUUCGCGGAUUGCAACAGCUCGUGGUAUUAAAUCUAAGUGACAAUCAAAUUUCAAGUGAAUGGAUUGCUCCCGAGACGUUCGCCGAUCUGAUCCGGUUAGUUGUGCUGCAUCUGAGUAACAACAGACUUCGGCAUAUUAAUGCCACGGCCUUUGCUUCCCAAUACAGCCUCCAGAUUUUACAUUUAGAUGGGAAUCAGAUCGAGACGAUUGACGACAAUGCGUUCAAUUCUUUAUAUAACCUGCACACGCUUAUUCUCAGUGGAAAUCGACUUCAGAGUUUAGAUGCAUUUACCUUCAACGGAUUAUAUGUAUUAAGCAAUCUUGCGCUUGAUGGGAACCUUCUGUCGUCGCUGCAUCCCGAUGCGUUCCGCAACUGCAGUAGUUUGCAAGAUCUUGAGCUGUCUGAGAAUCAGCUGAGCCAGAUCCCUCGUGGCCUUCAACAUCUGCGGUUCUUGCGCGCACUAGACCUGUCGGGUAACCUGAUCGACGAUGUCACCAACCUUACCAGUGCCAAUUUGACCAACCUUCAUAGCCUAAGUUUGGCGCGCAAUCGCAUCGGUAACAUGACGAAGGGUACCUUCGCCAAGUUCCGCUCAUUACGCCGCCUCGAUCUUUCUCGUAAUCAGAUUGGCGGAUUGGACCAUGCGAUCUUUGACGAUGCGCCCGCGCUAAAUACAAUCCAGCUGCAAGACAAUUUGCUUCGCGACAUCAAUGGCCUGUUCAUGAAUCUUGCGCAUCUGAGGCUACUGAAUGUUUCUCGCAACGCUAUCACGUGGUUCGAUUACGCGCUCGUGCCGGCGGCACUUAAACAUCUCGACCUACACUCGAAUGAAAUCGAAGUGCUUGGCAACUAUUUCGAAAUGGAGUCGGCCAUGCACCUAAAGAUUCUCGACGUUUCGCAUAACCGCCUGCGCGAGAUCAACGCCGCAUCAAUCCCUCACCGCGUCGAGAGCGUCGCCCUAUCGAACAACCUCAUCAGCGUGAUUCACCCAUUCACGUUCAUGCUCAAAGCCAACCUGUCGCGAGUCGACCUAAGUAAUAAUCGAUUGCAAAAUAUUGACAUCAACGCAUUGCGUCUUAAGGCUACGCAAGACCUCAACCGGCUGCCUGAAUUCCGUAUCAGCGAGAAUCCAUUCUUCUGCGACUGCACGAUGGAGUGGAUGCAGAAGAUCAACGCGCUUGACGAGUCAAGGCAAUACCCAAGGGUUGUCGAUCUGGAUCGCCUUGAAUGUCAAUUGCCGUUCUCGCGCCGAAGAACCAAGGUACCAUUGCUGCAGGCAAACCAAUCAGACUUUCUUUGCAAAUAUAAGAGCCAUUGCUUCGCCCUUUGCCACUGCUGUGAAUUCGACGCGUGCGACUGCGAGAUGACCUGCCCCGACGGCUGUAGUUGCUAUGCCGAUUCGACGUGGAAUUCAAACGUGGUGGACUGCAGCUUCACCAGCCACAGCGUGAUUCCAGUGCGAGUGCCGAUGGAUGUGACCGAGCUAUAUUUAGACGGUAACGACAUGCCUCAGCUGGCUAGUCAUUCGUUCAUUGGUCGAAAACAACUGAGAGUUGUGUACCUCAAUAACAGCAAUGUUCAAGUGAUCCGAAAUCGAACCUUCACCGGGCUGGCGAAUCUGCAGGCUCUCCACCUCGACCACAACAAGAUCACCGCGCUCCACGGGCAUGAAUUCGACAACCUUACAACGUUGCGAGAACUCUAUUUAUCCCACAACCGGUUAAAUUUCAUCAGCAAUGUCACCUUCUCGCAGCUGCGUUCGCUUCGCGUACUGCACCUAGACAACAACUACAUUGUCGAGUUCCAAGUAUGGAUUCUCAGCCAAAAUCCGCUGCUUACCGAACUUCGACUUGGUCACAACCCAUGGAGCUGCGAGUGCCGCUUUCAGGAAUCUCUGUUUGACUGGGCGCAAAUGUUUGGCGCUAACGCUCUUCAGGACGCGAGCGCCACGAGGUGUAGAGGGAAUGACACGCUCGGCCCACCCCUAACGCUCUUCAAUGCCACCGCCUGCGCAACAAACCGCAUCGCGGUAACUGGCAGUACCACCAACGGCAAUGCACUUGGUGGCUUCACCAAUGGAGUCAAUCAAAUCGAAGCCGCCGAUGACUCUCACUACUUGGGAGGAGUGAUUCCUGACCUGAAGCUAGAUGUGCUGCCUAUAGUUGGGUGGGCCAUUGUGGGGCUUAUCCUAUUCCUCAUCGUCGUGGUAUUGAUUAUCUGUAUUGCAUACCGCAAAGACAUUCGCGUAUGGAUAUACGCGCACUAUGGUGUGCGUCUGUUUGAGCGUCGGCGCGAAGAGCCCGAGAAGCUAUUCGAUGCAUUCAUUUCGUAUUGCAAGAAGGAUGAGCCGUUCGUGGCGCAGCUUCUGGCACCUGAGUUGGAGUGCGGUAGCGGUGGCGCAGGAGGUACGGCGCCGUAUCGGCUGUGUCUUCGCUACCGUGACUUGCCAAUGUCGGGCUAUGUCGCCGAAGCGAUCGGCGAAGCCAUCGAAUGCAGCCGUCGAUCAAUUGUCGUAUUGUCCGAGCAGUUUUUACGCAGCGAGUGGUGCCGUUUCGAGCUUAAGUCGGCGGCUCGCGAUGCCCAUGUGCGGGGCAGCACCGACGGUGGUUCCUCCCUUGUCGUCAUCGUGUUGGAUAAGGGUGCGAUGCGCCUCCUUGACGCCGAGGCUCGUCUGAGCCUUCGCGGCGCCCCAGUAAUCCAAUGGGGCGAAAAACGGUUCUGGGAGAAACUACGGUAUGCCCUGCCUGAUCCGCAGGCGUCGUCUCGGAAACAGCAGGUCAUGCUCCCACACGGCCAGCAGGUGAUGCUACCAAGCGAUGCCACGAUACAUCGCUAUAACACAACAACUGGACUCCACUCCGCUGUCAAGCUCGUCUAGUGCCUUUAUAACAAGUCGAAGCUAGCUAGCCAUAAAAAAAAUCAGCAAGCCAGAUGGCAAGAAAGAAGAAGUCUUUGGUUAGUCACUGACGCUGAUAUACGCAUGGUAAUGGCGAAUCAUAGUGGGCUAACUGACACGGGUACAUAUAAACAGACACAGAUGCACACAAAGUGAGACACACAUUAAGAUCAUGUGAAAAGAUCUGGAAGUUACCGCAAAGAAGAUUGCGAUCGCGUUGUUUCAGCCGAGGCCGACGUCGACGCGGUAUUCAGCAGCG